GGUAGAUCGGUGAAAUGGCAGUGGUGGUGAACGAUCGUGUCAGAGGGCAAUGGAUGAAGUCAGUCAGUCGGCGUUCGCUUGCGCCGCCACCACGAUGGAGGUUCUUCCGUCGCGAUCACCUUUCUACGGUCCUCCGUGUUGAUCGCGAACACGUCGAAAUGUAGUCUCAGCGGGCUCCUUCGAGCAUCGGAAUGUCGGGGCCUGGAAAAUCGGCGAGACCGGUCAGACAACUGUCUCUGCAACCACCUGCACCGCGUCGAAAGCAGAUCAGACGACAGAGAUCCGCGGAGGAUGAAAAAUCGUUGCAGGUCAGCUCGAGUUCCCUCGUUCGUGGCAAAAGAGGGACCAAUGGCAAGCCAGGUUCCGAACGACCCAAGGUUCGAGUGGCCUGGAGCGAGAAUCUCCGAAAAAAUGAGAACCUGGAGCAGGUCGAGGUGGUGGCUCGUCAGAUGCCAGGACGUUCCAGGCGAGCCACGGGAAGAUCGAGGGGGUUCGUGGGGAUCGAGAAACCGUCGAUCCUCUACACCAGACAGGAACUCGCGGAGAGACUGAGGCUCGCCUGGAAGCAUCGCGAGGAGAACAAAGCUAACAUCAACAUUUUUUUAACUCACGGGGUUUUAGAGGAAAGGUGCGAUUCUGAGAUGUCCAGCCACGUUGGAAUCGCGAGUCCGUCAUCCUCUUUAUCCAAGAACGAAGCGUCUAAACCAGAGGUUCCCUUCGACUGCAGAAGAACGCAAGAUCAGCAGGUCGAAGGAUCGAGGAUCCACAAACGAUCGAACGGAGAAAGCGUGGAAAGGAGAACGGAGAUGGAGAAUAUUGUAGGUGGAAAAGCUGUAGACAAAGAUGGCGACGAAGUGUCAUCAGAUUUUGGGUAUUCCAUCUCUGAGACGCAAGAAAUUUCAAUGUUGGAAGGAAACCUACCUUCUGGAUGUGAGAGAGGAGAGAGAGUAGAGAGGACUGAUGUGGAAGAGACGCAAAUAGAUCGAGCAUCGAGAAGUUCGAACGUCGAGUCCAGCUCCAAGAAGAAGCUGCCGACGUCGUCGAGCACCGACUGCUCGAAUCCCCGCGAUUCAUCCACGACAUUGCCGUCGAUUAAAAUUGAAAACUCGACGUCUGCUGUCACGAAAACGGCGAGGUUGGAUUUUUCGUCCGCGAAAGAGAAGCGAGCGAGCUUUCACAGUGGAGCGAACAGAGCAUUCCUCGAGCCUAUCAAAUCGCCCGCGGAAGUGAAAUGGAUUUCCCUGGCGGACAAAGCUCUUCAGCAGAAGUUAACCACGGAGGUGAAGAGUGAAAAGGGUUCGCCGAUCCAAACAAAUUUGGAGAGCAAGGAUAGCGAUAGAAUCAUUGGCGCGAAAAGUCCAUCGGAACUCAAAUGUGGCGCAGAAAAGAUCGCGAAUCAGAGAACUUUCGUGGAUGACUUUCGUAGAUCCAAUUCAACGAUUGAGAGAGGUGUGCGCACGAAGACUGGAAUUGAUAGUAAGGAUGGCUUGGAAGAGGAUAAAACGAUUGGUCAGAGGACUAGCAGCGGUAAUAAGACGUCUUUGAUUAUGAAAAGGACUUCUUCCACGAGCAAUAUUAUCGAGAACAAGGAUUCUACGGUUGAUAAGAAUGUACCUGCGAGAAAUGGGCCUGAAGUUAGGUGUAGCUCGGUGAACGAGAGAAAUCCACCGCUGAAGAAGGAACCUCAGAAAAUGGAGCAGAAGUCGAGAAGGACUAGCUCGGCGCCACCGCAGCGACAGUUAGGGAACACUUCGAGCAAUCGCGUUCAGGUCAAUAUCGUGAUCGAUCCAUCGAGCCCGCAGGGUUCAGAGAAGAUCAACUAUCUAGAGAAAACGGAUGUGGAUUGCAAAGACAGCGGAUCGAACAGAAUAGACACGGCCUCCACAAAGGUGUCAGGGCGAUCGGUGAGAUCAGCGCCGUUGAAGAGACGCUCGAGAAGCGCCAAGAGACGUUUUUGGGGCACGGGCUCCUGCAAAAACGACGAGGACGGGAAACCACGAAACCGAUCGGCUGGUCGUGGGAGGAACUCGAUCGAUUCCAAAGCGAUCGACAUCGUCACGAUGGUGUCUCUCGUCAGCUCCGCGGACAGUGAUAGCGACACCGAGAAUUCACCCGGUGAUGUCAAGUUGAUCGAUCAAUUACGCAGCAAGCUGCCUACCACAUCGAUCAUCAAAACGUCGAUCAAUCCAACCGUAAACGUCGCCAGAAAGCCCACUAAGUCAGUGUCCUUUCAGAGGCACUCCCUCGACGAGGAUCCGCCAAAAGAGCAACAACCCUCGCCGAAGGAGGAGAAGAAAACGACACAGGCACGGCUCGCGAUCGUUAACCACCGUGGAAACGGAGGUACCCUGUCGAGCGAUGAAACGCUACCUUGGAGAACGGACAUACCCGGUUUAGCCCUUCCUAUCCUGGCAUUGAUUCACGAUGCCGAGGAGAAUCACGACGUCCCGCUGACCGACCGCGAAAAGAGAUGCCUGGCUGUGCCUAUCGGUGAUCUACACGACAAGAAACGGAAGCUUUUGAAAACCCGUAGCAUCCCGUCACGACCCGGAAUGGAGAAACAAACAAUGUCACCGAAAAUAAAAGUACAAGAAUCGCCCAAUGUCGCCCAGCAAAAAAUAGAAACCCCCAUGCAACUCGCUAAAACGCCUGCGAGUAAUUCUGCAGCAAACGCGAAACAGACAUUUGCGACAACUUCGAAAGAACCUGUUCAAAAUGCACAGCCCAUGGAACCACAAUUUCAAACAAAUAAAGAAAAAGAAUGUUGGCAUCUUUAUAGAAAAAUGUGUGACAAGGGCGUUUGCGUUUCCUUCGACACUGUUUUAAGAGGCAUGCUUACACCAACAGAAUAUCGUUUACGACAGAGGGAACUCUUUCAGGACUCCUAAUGAAAAUGCAGAAUGGUUGACAAAUUUUCUAUCCUGCAAAUCCUCGAUUGUACUUUUGUAACGAAUCUCAACUAUCACCUAAAUUAAUUCAAACACUCUGAAUCGUAAGAAUACGCGCGCGUAAACAUUGAACUGCGUUCAAGUGACCGGAAGUGCUCUAAUUCGAAUAACGAUCCGAGCUUGUAGUAAAGCCCAUAGCUCAGUAUUGUAUGCUCAGAUUCUAGAUACGAGUCGUGUAGGAUUCACGAAAAGACUUUACCUUUUAGCGAACGGAAUAUCCGAAUUAGUUCUACCAAGUUUUAGAACAUACGUACAUAACUGCCUAUUUUUUAGACCAUUUAUAAACGUAAACGAACACACCGCGGUACUAUAGAUAAUUAAUCGUAAAUGAUAAAAUGAGAUUUAUGGAACAACUAUAGAUAACUAAUCGUAAAUGAUAAAAUGAGAUUUAUAGAACAAUGUUCAUAGAUGGGCGAGGAAAAAAAAUAUCGCUGCUGUUAAUUAUUGCACAAAUUGAAAUACAUGAGGUCUGAUCAGCGUCUCGUAUGUUUUAAAUGAAAAUUAAUAUCGAUUGCUGUCGUGCUCUCAUGUAUUCUUCGUUUUAUAUGAUGUUUACGACUUGUUCCUUUGUAUGGCAAUGUAUAGUUCAAUAAAACGCAUAAACUGUUGUUAGUAA